CCAACGUACUUCUCAGGAGGCUUGACCAGCAGUCAUAGAAUGUUACGUGUUCGUUAGCAAGUUUUUUUAAAGAGAUAUUCGCUGCUAGUUCUCUUGUCGUUUUAGUCGGUAAUCGGUGUACGUGGAUAUACAGCCUUAGCUAAUUGUUAGUGAAGUUCAAAGUUCCCGGGGUUACUCGACAAUUCCAUCGGUUCAAUUUCAUCGGAAUCAGCCAAGCGAAAAGUGUGUCAAUCCUGUUGUCGAAAUCUUGACUCAAGAAAACCUAAAAAAAGAAUUCAAAGGAGGAAAAAAAAAAAGGAAAAAGAUGCGUUUGUGUUUAAGGAAACGUGGGUGUUGUUAGUGGAAAAUAUAGGUUACGAUGUCGAUGAUAAUAUGAGAUGCGAAGAUGCAAGAGGAAACGGAAAGAAUGGCACGCGGUAACGACGUUAAUAUCGGCGAAUCGUUUUUUCGGUGAUGAUGGGCGGCUGCGCCUAUCGUCGACUUUAAUCGUGCACGUCGCGUCAAGACUCGCCUAAAGCAUCGCUCUCUCCUUGUAAUCGAGUAGACCAGCGUCUACCGCCGAAGCCAGCAAAAAUGGUCGAUCUAGGGGGAUAUAUUAUCAUAUUGAUCAACCACAAUGACAAAAUCAAACUGUACGGCUCUCCGGCCGAUAACACGGACACGUUGGAAGUGGCCGACGAAAUUUUAGAAGUUAACGGUAGCACGUUGCAAAAUGCCAGCCAAUCGGAAGUCAUUCAGUAUAUAUAUGAGUGUAUCGAGUCACGAACGAUAUGUCUGCGAGUGCGGAGGAGAAGCGGAAAUAAAAUGGAGCUGGACGGGUUCAACGCUGGUCGGGUGCGAGAAGCUUGGGUCAUCGCCGUCGAAAGGCGUGCAAAGGAACGAUUGCAGAGACUGGCAUCGCACUGGAGGAUUCAGCCGCGCGAUAUCCAGGCGAUUCUGCACCAGCAGAUCAACGAGGCGGUCGCGUCCACUAGCGGAGACAGCGCGGGUAAAAAUGUGACGAGCAACCAAAUUACCGUGACGCUUGCCGACAAGGAACCGAGUACGAAUGCCUUCACCACCAAGCUCAGCAACGGUACCAUACCUAAGGAAGACACGAAGGACAUCCGGGAGGCAAAGGACGCGUCUGAGAAGCAGCUCACUUGUCCCGAGGAAAGCAAACUUUUAACACCGGUGCAAGGCGGAAGAGUCGGGGAACGACGUGCCAGCAGUCCUUUCCAAAAUGGUCAAACAGAAGUGCUGAUCGGAGAGCUGGAGGGCGGCCCAAGGUCGCCACGAGGAUCCACGUCUUCGGCGGUGAACGACGGCAAUUUCCUGAACCCACCGGAUGAGCGCGACGAUCAGAAGCCCAUUUGCAGGUCCCGAAGGCGUAGCGGCAGUGGCGUGACGGACAUACACUCGCAACAGCAACAGCAGCAGCAGCAGCAGCAGCUGCAGGAGAACAACAACAGCAGCUCGCGGGACGCGAAGAAGCCGCAGGAGGGACUGGGUCCCGAUGAGAUGUGGGCCCCUGGCGGGCUAGGGCCUCACCGGGAAUUACCAGUCGACGUGCCCGACACCCUUCUACAGAAGGCCUACCCCAACAAGGUAAAGAACUGCUCGUCCGAUUAUCGGAACGAGCUUCGUGGUCCCCGUAGCGCUAGCGACCUCGACCUCUCCCUAAACCUUAAAAACAACGACACCCUUAAAUCACCGCAACGCAUCAACAACGCCGACGAUCGCCACGUUAGAAUCGUGUCGUCCGUCGAUUCCACGGACGUCACCGAUGCGACCGGCAGGCCGUGCAUUCGGAACGGUCAGCCGCCGAUGCUCAAGAUCGAGCUGAAGAUCGAGUCGGAGAACCUCGAGGACGAGGACGAGUGCGACAGAGAGAAGAAAGACGCCGGUAAAGAGGCGGAUAACGACAAGUAUAGAAACCGAAGUCCGUCUACUCUGGGCUCGCCGGACUUCAAGAGUCCCUUCAAGGAUUUCGAGGAAGACGAGGAGGACGAGGGCGUGAACGAGGACACUAGCGGACAGAAGGAGUCCAGUGUAGACCUCGACGUCGAGGAGGAUUAUCCUUUCGCGAAAGAAGACUACCCGACCAUGCUGAAGACUUGCAGCGACGACUCUGCCAGUCCGAGAAGCUCCUCCGGGAGAUCGGACAGCACUGCUCCAUUGGACAGUAGUCUGGUGUUGAGACACGCGAAAAAUCGCGAGAAAAACUCGCCCACUUACGACGCCAGGAGAAUAGAUCUCGGUUCUCCAUGUAGACCGGUGGUUCCGGAGAUCAAAGUGGCGCCUCUGUUCACUCGAACCAGGGACACCACGUCGUUUGACAAUCCGGCGUACGGACUCGCCGAUCUUCAAGACUUGCAAGGACUCUUGAUGAGAUCCGACGAGGUGUCCGAUCUGACCAGGCUGAUCGACGAGCAGUGCACGAUCCCCAGGAUCCCCCGAGAGCAGGAGCGCGUGUCCCCGCCUCGUUCCAAGGAUCAACAUCAACACCAACAUCAGCAUCAGCAUCAACAUCAGCGUGCAACCGAAUUGCUCAAGUCGGAAGCUACUACUCCGUCGAGCAAAUGCGGGAAGAAUACCAAGUCCAGGCGACAGAUGGACGACAGGUCGAAGCAGAAGGCGAAGACGAGAAGCCUGGACGUGGAAGAGCUGAUACGUCACGGAUCGAGCGACGACCUAGUGGGUAUAGAGUCCGGCAGUAGCCUCUCCUCGUCCUCGAGGCAGCGACCCAAGAAGAAGAGGCACCAACAGAUCUCCAGUGGCUACUCGACCCUGAGGAGCGACGCGUCGACCGAUCUCGAGCACGUGGAUCGUAGCUUUCUGGUGGUCGGCGGCAAAACCUACCGCGAGGUGGCCGUCGACUGUCCACCCGAUUUCGUCCCCGUAACCAAGUGCCACCCUGUCUAUCCACCGCCGAACAGGACUCCCGGCAACAGCAAGCACAACACCCUAGAGCCGAAACGGGAGCGUAACGGGACUGUUGGCAGGGAUAACAAUAGCGUGGUAGCCGGGGUGGUAGGGGACGACGGGAGCGUGUGCACAACGAGCACCACGAUCGUAGCCUCUCCCUGCGUUCACUCGCACGAUCUUAGUAGCUUCACGACGCUACCGAGCGGCGACGAAACCGCUACGGAGAACGUAGUUGCUAGGUCAUCCCGUACGCUAGACAGAAAACACGACUCCUCCAAGAAGGCCGGUCUGAACGGGGUGAAACCUGCCAUUCCUCCGAGAGAUCAAAAGAGGGCACCUGCCAGACCGCCGAAAGAUAACCUACGUUUGUCCACGCAGAACAAUAAUGUGGAGAGCACCGAUAACGCAAACGCCGAGCCUACGCAACAACAACUGCAUUCCAUCAGGAAAUACCAGGAGCAACUGCGGAAAAGGAAGGAUGAGGAGGAGAGACAAGAGAUACUCAAUAGAUCACUGCGCGGCUCGAGAAAGCUCCAGGCGUUGGAGAGCCAUGCUACCAGUCUCUCGGGUCAAGAAAAUCCGGCGUACGCCCAAGAUGAGGUGACAACCGUUGGACGCGCAACGCACGUUACCGUGAGCGCAGCGCAAGAAGUCGAGGAGCCUCCCAGGCCCCUCACGUAUGGAGAGGUCGUCGCGACGUUGGAGAGGCUACAGCUUCAGUUGCGCAAUAUUUCCGGUGCUCUAGGCAUCUCGGGACCGGGUGUGGAAGCUGAACUGGAAGCAGUGCGAACGCUUUUGGUGCAAAGUCGGUUCGCAUCUGCACUCGCCACCCAUCAUGCCCUUAGAAAUCGCUUAAGAUCCAACAAGGUUUUGAAACAUCACGCCGAGGACGCUUCCAGUUUAACUCGAGACUGUGUGGACAUUCUGGAGAAAUGGCAGUCCUCGUCGACGGCAACAGGUGUCGGCGGAGCGGAAACGAUUGCUGCCGUGGAGGAGUUGACCGGAAUUUUGACGAACUACGAUAUGGAAGCACUGCUGCUCGCUCACGAUUCUAUCAUUUCGUACGUCGAAGGAUUACAAAGAAAACAAAGUCCCUCAUCUUCGUCACCGAGCGGUCCUCCUAGUCCGACUUCUAGCUGGAGAGGGUCUCGGGUGGUAGACAAUAUAAAAAUUAUCAGAAUCGAGAAGACUAACGAACCUUUAGGUGCUACGGUUAAAAAUGAAGGCGAUGCUGUUAUAAUAGGUCGUGUUGUACGAGGAGGUGCUGCAGACAAAUCCGGAUUGCUACACGAAGGUGAUGAAGUUCUCGAAGUGAACGGCGUGGAAAUGCGCGGUAAGAGCGUGAAUGAGGUGUGCGAUAUCUUGUCUGGUAUGCAAGGCAGCCUAACUUUCCUCGUACUCCCGGCACCCACGAGUCAUAGGAACAAUUUGUCGAAUAGAAGGGAAGAUACAAACCAGAUACAGCACAUACGAGCCCAUUUCGACUAUGACCCGGAAGAAGAUCCUUAUAUUCCUUGUCGAGAGUUGGGUGUCAGUUUUCAAAAGGGGGAUGUGUUGCACGUCAUCUCUCAAGAAGAUCCUAACUGGUGGCAGGCGUAUCGAGAGGGCGAAGAGGAUCAAACUCUGGCUGGUUUGAUACCUAGCAAAGCUUUCCAGCACCAGCGAGAGUCCAUGAAGCAGACAAUUGCGGGCGACAAAUCCACCGUACGCGGUUCCAAGAAAUCGAGUACGUUAUUAUGCGCUAGAAAAAAUCCAAAGAAAAAGAAACGAAAUAAGUUCGGAGCGAAUUACAAUGAUGACGGGUAUCCACAUUAUGCAACGACUGCCAUCGACGAUUACGACAGCGAGGAGGUGCUUACGUAUGAGGAAGUCGCGUUGUACUAUCCGAGGGCGAAUCACAAAAGACCAAUAGUACUAAUAGGGCCACCAAAUAUUGGACGACACGAGCUCAGGCAGAGGCUGAUGCAAGAUAGCGAACGUUUUGCAGCGGCAAUUCCUCAUACGAGUCGUCCCAGGAAGGAUUCCGAAGUAGAUGGACAAGACUAUCAUUUCAUUUCUCGUUCUCAAUUCGAGUCUGAUAUUCUCUGUCGGAAGUUCGUCGAACAUGGCGAAUAUGAGAAAGCCUAUUAUGGCACCUCUGUAGAGGCUAUACGAUCUGUUGUAAAUUCCGGUAAAAUCUGUGUUCUUAAUCUCCAUCCGCAAAGCCUGAAGAUUCUUCGAAAUUCGGACUUGAAACCUUACGUAGUGCUCGUGGCGCCACCGAGCUUAGAGAAACUUCGGCAAAAGAGGAUCAAGAAUAACGAAAGCUUCAAAGAAGAGGAACUGAAGGACAUUAUAGAGAAAGCGCGGGAAAUGGAGGACAAAUACGGUCAUCUAUUCGACAUGAUCAUCAUAAAUACGGAUACAGAUCGAGCGUACAAUCAAUUGCUGACGGAAAUCAAUUCGCUAGAGAGGGAGCCUCAAUGGGUACCUGCAUCUUGGGUUCAAUAAACAACGGAGUAAGGCUUUCGAAACGCCAAGCCAGAUUUCGCUGUAAUGAGUAGUGAAAGGCCAGUAAUCGGCUUUAAAGUCUGACCGGAAUUACUUCCAAGAACUGGUUCUUUUACUGGUGCCUGUUAUACAAUUUUACGUUUCGUACGUGCGCGUAAUUAAACUCCUUGCCAGGCUAUCGUACUCUAAGUACCGCUGGUUUGGUGUAGUCUUCCGUGUCGUAAUUGGUGCCAUCUGAUAUUCGAAGAUCGUCGUCAACAAGCAUUUUAGAGAGCGUCUUGUUGUGAUUUUUCGUUCCUCGACUCCCAAGCUCUAGCACCAUACAAAAUAAAUUGCAACGCGAACAUCGGCAUCUUCGUUUCUAGAGUCGAAUCUUGAGAAAUCCUUUGACCGACUGGCGUGGCGCUUGUUUUUCAGCGCACCAGCAACACUAUACUUUUCUAAGGGUUUCAUUCUGCAUAAUUUGUAUCACGAGAUGCCCCGAAGAAAAAUCGCUACCACUUUGCAUAAGAUACUAUGUAUAACGUUUCCCAAAGAUGUGUAAAUCUUGAAAGAGAUCGUCCUCCUUUCAGAAAUCACCAGAUUUUUCAAGAAUACACCAAGUCGCGAAGAAAACCAAAAUCAGGAAAAUCUUGGACUGCAGCAGCCUUUUCACUCGCAAAGAAUCGAAAGACUUCUCGCGUUCGUCUCGCACUGUCACAAUUUUCACGGUAAUCCUACAUAGGGAGAUAUAUCCCUACUGUAGAGUUUUUUAAGUCAAAAAUAUUUCGCGCGACUGUACAAGUUGUUAACAAUUAACGUAAACCACGUUUCCUCGUAUCCGUAAUUUCGUGUGAACUAGUAAUUUGGAGAAGACGAAACUCAUAAACGUUUCAUCGUUCGCCCUAGGCACUCUCUCGUGUUUGUUUAGAGAAAAGAAUCAUAACUUCUAAUCCAAGUAGACCUCGUUAAUACGAUAUAGAUUUAGGCUCGUGUGUGAA